UCUGUACGAAAAAAUAACUAUGGAAGACAAAAAAGCUAAACAUACAAUUUGCUGAAAAUUCAGCAUGCAACUUAUUAGACGAUCGCAUUUUUGAUCAUUUUGACAAUCGUUAUGAUUCUCCAAAUAACCUAAAUGACGGAAAGGAAACUUUAAUCGAUGUUAUACAAAAGCAAGAUUGUCAAAUAAACGACCUCAAAUCUAAGUUAUCGGAGCUUGAAAAGAAAGUGUCAAUGCAUGAAGAAAUGGACAAGUUGUAUAGGGAUAAACUGCAAUCUAAAGAGGAUCUAAUCGAGUCUUUAAAAUUGACCAAUGAACCGUCAAAGAACAAUGAAAAUUAUACGCAGAAGAACUGCGAACUGGUUACGAAAAAUGAUAAUAUCAGUAUUCAAAUGGAAUAUGGUGGAUCGAAAUUGUCGAUGAAAGUACCACAAUUGAAAUCCUUUGAGCCUGUGCUGGAGAAUAACAUUGCCGGACCAGGUUGGAUUGUCAUACAUCGUCGUGUCAACGGCAACUGUGAUUUUGAGAGAAAUGAAGGCGAGUACUAUGAUGGGUUUGGCAAGAGGACUGGCGACUUUUGGCUUGGACUCGAAAAAAUGCAUCUAAUAACAUCGCAUCAGCGGCAUGAACUUUAUGUACACAUUGUUGACUUUGAUGGCAUUGCGCAUUAUGCAAAAUACGACAACUUUGUUGUGGGCAGCAGGCAGGAGAAAGGUGUGCUGAGGUCAUUGGGUCAUUACAGCGGAGAUGCCAACGAUAUGAUGCGUUUAAAUGAGGGCAAAGCAUUUUCUGUUGCCACGAAAGCAUACAAGAAUGGUUGGUGGUGGAUGCCGAAUGUGAAGCCCACUUGUAAUCUUAGUGGCAAAGUUACCGAUACAAGUAUUGAGAAGCACGAAUAUAUUUUCUGGGGAUACAAGACGUGGGGAAAUAAGAAGAAUUAUAUCAAAUCUGUGCAAAUGCUGAUAAGGCCCAUAAAGGAAUUGCCCAAAUAAUUAAAUGCAAUGCUGUUAUAGAAAUUAUUAUAAUAUUAAAUUAAUAUGUAAUUUUUACAAAUCGUUGUUUGUCGAAAUUACAAAAGCAGGUCACGCUUAUAUUAAAGAUAUAAUAUGCAUAUCCGAAAAUUCCAUCGGGGAUUAAAGAAAUUGUCAGGUAUAUGAGCCAUCUGGAGUCGUAUUACUUUAACACCAGAUGGCUGAUCAUAAAACAGUCCCAUUGUAAAACACCAGAAAGGGAUUAUACAUUUAAGCAUCGCAGGUAAACAAAAGGACGAAACACUACCUAGAAGAAGCUCAUUAGAAUAGAAACCCCUCUAUGAUAACUAUAUAAGGCCUAGAAUCUUAAAAAGAAAACGUCAGUUCACAUCUUGAAUUCAGGAGGUAAAGUUGUGGUCACUCACUUUCGCCAGCUAAGUUUCUAUUCACGUCAUUGAAAAAUAGCAUUCUCUAUAUCAUGGAAGGUAAAACGCUAAAUUUACAAUUAGCUGAAAAUUCGGAAUGUGACACCUUCGAUCACUAUUUUAUCAAGCAUUAUGACAAUCAAUGUGUAACAAAUUAUAAAGUGGAGAAUUUAACCGACGUUAUACAACAGCAAGAUACCGAAAUAUACGAUCUAAAAACUAAGUUAUCAAAGCUUGAAAUGAAAGCGGCACUGGACGAAGAAAAGUUGAAUUUGUAUAAAGAUAAGCUGAAGUAUAAGGAUGAUCAAAUUGAAUUUUUGAAAUUGCGCAUUGAAUCGUUCAAGAACGGAAAUAAUGAUAACUUUAAGGAAAGUAAUCUUCAACUGGAGCCUUUUGAGAAUAAUGGCGAAAUGUUUGAACGGUUUUACAAGCUUUUUAGAGAACAGAAUGAUUUAAUUGAAAUAUUACAGAAUGAUUUAAUUGAAUUAUUCCAAAAUAGAUGAUUGCAAAACAAAGCCUAAGGUGAAAGCUUCAACGUAUGAUGAAAAGGACAAAAUGUGUUAGCAUAAACAGAAACUAAAGGGAAUUCAAUUGAAUUAACUUUCUUUGAGUUUGCAGCAAUGGCUUAUUUUGAGAUGUAUUGAUUAAGAAUACAUUUUCUGGAUGGCUGGAAA